CACAUAAGGACUAGCUUUACAGCAACACUCUGCCCUCACACAUGUUCAGACACUGUCACCAGAGUAGCCAGACAGCAGCUGGAGUUUGACAGUUGAUGAGCCAACAUGUCGCUGAAACUGGGAGGCAACAUUUUAGUGACUGGGACCAACAGAGGCAUCGGCUUGGAGCUGGUCAAACAGCUUGGAGAGAAGACAGGAGAGGACGCUCACAUCUAUGCCUGCUGCAGAGACCCUGAGGGAGCCAGAGCUAAGGCCCUGCGAGAGCUCACCACUCAGUAUGCUGGAAAGAUCACUAUAAUCAAGCUAGACAUGUCAGAUGAGGCCAGUAUUUCUGCUGCUGUCCAAGCUGUGAGUAAGCAGAUCGGGGCUGGUGGGUUGAACCUCCUCAUCAACAAUGCUGCUAUCAACAAACCAGCCUCACCAGCGCCGCUAUCUGCCACUGGGAAAAAGGACAUGAUGGAAGUGUAUGAAACCAAUGUGGUUGGACCGUUUCUCCUGGCAAAGAUGUUUCUUCAACUCCUCAAGACAGCAGCAGAGAUUGGGUCACUUGAAAAGGACAAAGGUGAUGACAUGUCCUGCAGGAGGUCAGCCAUCAUCAACAUCUCCACUCUUAUCUCAUCCAUAGAGAAAUGUCCAGAGACCUUCCCUACAGCUCCGAUGUACCCUUAUAGAACGAGCAAGGCGGCGCUGAACAUGCUGACACGCUGUCAAGCGGAGGAAUUCAAGAUACACAACAUACUGGUGACAGCCAUCCACCCUGGUUGGGUCCUCACUGAGAUGGGAGGUGAAAUGGCUCCUCUGACCACUCAGGAAAGCGUGCUUGGCAUGCUUAGUGUGAUGUCAUCACUCAGCAGCAAAGAUAGUGGGAUGUUGGUGGACUGGAAGGGUGACAGAAUCCCCUGGUAGCAGUCACCACAGAGACCCACAAUCUGAUGAGUUUUGCAUAAAACCAUAACAAAGAUAAUCAUAACACCGGGGUGAUGCUACCACAGCAAUAUCCUCCACAUCCAGGAGUCAGUCUGGAAGCUUUUUAGCUGUAUGUUGUCUCUGAAGUGUCUGUUUUGUAUUUUAUUUCAACACCCUCAUGGAGGCUUUCAGCUUGUAAUGUGGUAUUUUUAUAUACUCCAGAGAGGAUUAUUCCCACAUGUCUGUAUGUUGUCUCUUACUUGUCUUAUUGGACACUUUGGCUAGAAAAAUACAGGAAAAACACCUUUAAGUCAUACUGAAGCGGAUCCCUACUGUAUACCAAGUGGUUAUUAACCUGUGUUUGUGUUUCUAAUUACACAAUGAAAACUUGUAUAGGAAGAUAUACAUAUUGAUUUAUUGAGCUGAACUUGAGAAUACAUUUUUGCACAGAAUUCAGACUUUGGAUCAAGAGUGUAGGUUUGUUUGUUUUUUUUUUACGCUGGAGGGAACAUUUUUCAUUCGGACAGCCAGAAUAAACAGUUGUGUAUCUGCA